AUGAAUGGUGCUUACAAUCCUACAAAUCCUGGUACAUCGUUUCAAGGUAGCAUUGUACCCACAUUUCCCAGUUGGCCAACAAAUAGUCCUGGGGUACAUGGCUUGCAGAACACUGGCAAUAUGGCCCCAGACACUGGCACCAACUUCUCAAGCUACGACACAGUGCCUCUCCAUUCUGAUGGGGACAUAGACAACUUGCUGAAUUUUCCGAAUUCUGAUCUUGAACUUGUUGAGAACCAUGGUUUGGAGUCACUUGCUGAUCAACAGACUGUCCAUGCUGCAGUUGUUCCUAGUGAAGACCCGGCGGAGAUGGGGCGAUAG